AUGGUUUUAGGCAACACAAAUGGAUAUGGCAGUAUGAUUCCUAGUGGCAACACAAAUGGAUAUGGCAGUAUGAUUCAUAGUGGCAAUACAAAUGAAUAUGGCAGUAUGAUUCAUAGUGUCAAUACAAAUGGAUAUGGCAGUAUGAUUCAUAGUGGCAAUACAAAUGAAUAUGACAGUAUGAUUCAUAGUGGCAAUACAAAUGAAUAUGGCAGUAUGGUUUAUAGAGGCAACAAAAAUGGAUAUGACAGUAUGAUUCAUAGUGGCAAUACAAAUGAAUAUGGCAGUAUGAUUCAUAGUGGCAAUACAAAUGAAUAUGACAGUAUGAUUCAUAGUGGCAAUACAAAUGAAUAUGGCAGUAUGGUUUAUAGAGGCAACAAAAAUGGAUAUGACAGUAUGAUUCAUAGUGGCAAUACAAAUGAAUAUGACAGUAUGAUUCAUAGUGGCAAUACAAAUGAAUAUGGCAGUAUGAUUCAUAGUGGCAAUACAAAUGAAUAUGGCAGUAUGAUUCAUAGUGGCAAUACAAAUGAAUAUGGCAGUAUGAUUCAUAGUGGCAAUACAAAUGAAUAUGACAGUAUGAUUCAUAGUGGCAAUACAAAUGGAUAUGACAGUAUGAUUCAUAGUGGCAAUACAAAUGAAUAUGGCAGUAUGGUUUAUAGAGGCAACAAAUAUGAAUAUGACAGUAUGGUUCAUGGUUUUAGCAUGUUGGCAUUCCAAUGUUUACCUUUUCACAAAGAAAAGGAACAUUAUCUUGUCUCACAAUGA